UGGAGGAGUCUGGUGGCCCGUGAAGUGGGAAGGCCUCAUAGAUCUGCAACGCCAUCCUUCUGAGAGGUUUUCAACGUUGGCUCGUGGUGCAGCCGGGGCAAUGUUUGGACCCAACUCAGAGACGUGAAAGAUUUGGUCAGCUAUUGACAGCUGAGCUGCUUUUAAAGGAAAGGGUAUUCAACCUCUCGUUGCAAAAGCCAGGAUGCUGCAUUGCCUCCCAUCUGAUGUCCCUGAGCUCAAGACCCUAGUUCGGCAGACCCAUGGUCGCUCAGAUAGGGGACACUAGGGGAACUUGUGACCACUGAAUCCUGCCCCCCAAAGCGUUAGUGCGUCCAUGGACCACUCCAUGGAAGAGCCUCUUCCGCAAACAGGGCGACUUAAUAUGCAAGACUCGGCACUUGCGCAACCGGCUGCGUUUCUUCAUGCUGCUUUCGUAGAGAGCGCAAGGAAUCUCCGAGCGGCAGCUGGGCUGGACCUCCGCGAGACACACCCCAUGGACCACUCGAUCGAGCGGUUCGUUUUGAGCAACAACAGGAUCGAGAUUGGAGUUCAGGUGGGCGAGCCUGGCGGAGGGUCCGAUUUUAUGCUGCUAGAGCUGCAAUCAGAGCACGGUCCCGCACCCCCCGCCACCGGACCGAGCCUCGCAGAGCAGUAUGCGCUUUUGGCGGGGCGCCGGGCGCCGCGCCGCAGCCGCAAGCGCACCCUCCAGAGUCGAGACGAGAACAGCAACCAAGGCCAGGGGGGCGAGGUGGCAACGAACAAGCCGAAGGGCAUAUGCCAGUUCGGAGACUGCUCGCAGGAAGUGAACUCGCGCGCGAAAUGGUGCCCGGAGCACAGCACUGCAAAGCGGUGCACGUACGAGGGCCCCGAGGGGGUGUGCAUGCGCGUGGCGAGGGGGAGCGACCCGCACUGCAUCACGCACGGGGGGGGCGGCGGUGCAGACUGCCGGGGUGUAACAAGAGAGUUUGGGUGCACGAAGAGCGCGGAGGGGAAGAGCGAGUAUUGCCAUACGCACGGGGGGGGGACGAGAUGUACCAUGGAGGGGUGCAACAAGGCGGCGCGCGGCGCGACUGGGCUGUGCAUCUCGCAUGGUGGAGGCAAGCGGUGUCAGCACCCCGAUUGCCCCAAGGGCGCCGAAGGCAAGACCGACUACUGCAUCAGCCACGGAGGCGGCGUUCGGUGUUCGUUCGAGGGCUGUGUGAAGAGUGCGCGCGGGCGGGCCGACUUUUGCAUUGCGCACGGGGGAGGGAUCCGGUGCGCGGUCGAGAAUUGCAGGAAGAGCGCGCAAGGGUCGACGCCGCUGUGUAUCGCCCACGGAGGGGGGGCGCGCUGCAAGAUCGAGCACUGUAACAAGGGUGCCCGGGGAUCGUCGGGGCUGUGCGUGGGGCACGGGGGCGGCCGGCGCUGCGCCUUUGAGGACUGCAACCGGGGGGCGGAGGGACGAACCGGGCUGUGCAUUGGCCACGGGGGAGGGCACCGAUGCCAGCACGAGGGCUGCCAGAAGCCGACGCGCAAUCGGGAGGAGUACUGCAAGAACCACAGGGAUCAGAGGUUGGUGGAAGGCGUCCUCCACCGCAUCCGCAACAGUCACGCCGUACGCCUUCCGGACACGCCGUCCGGGGCGUCCGACUACGGAGAGGGCUUCCACCCCGGACCUCCGGCGCCGCCCGUUCUCCUGGCGUUGGGGGGACACUCCCAGAACGGAACGCCCACGUCUGGACCCGGUAGAUAUGAAGCGGGCAUGGAGCAGCAAGCGCAGUGGCCAGCCGUGGCACCGGGGGCGGCGGUUGGGGAGCAGUACGUCCCUGCGUCAGCGUACGGGCUCCGCGGCAACCCGGACGUCCGUAACUACGAGCACGUGGGCAGCGAGUUCAUCCAAGAGAACCAGGCGUACGUGGUGGGCGAACACGAGUACGUCCCUUUAAGCCUCCGAGAGAACGGAUUCCGCCCGGAUUCCGCCCGACGAGCGGACGCCUCGCCGAGCGGAACUGCGCCGCAGACGUGGUCACAGGGGGCUGUGGGAGCGCAGCUAGCCGGCGAGAAAGACGGUGUUCCAAAAAGGGUGGAGAUGGAAGUAAGAGGCGGAGUCUUCGAGGGAAGGGAAAAUACGGAAGCUCCCCCGGUUGGCAGGAGUUUUGUAGAUCAAAGUCUCGGGCUGGGGGCGGCGCCUCCUAUUGUGAUACCUAGCGUGGCCGCUGGGGCAGCGGGGUCGGCUGAAAGGGGCAGUGAAGUGGCCCCGCCAAUGGUUGCACCCCCGAUUGUGCUUGGUCAGCAAGCGAGCGUUGAGGGCGAAGUGCCUCCUGAGGUUUCGUAGUCGACGAGCGGCAUCGAAACGCAAGCUAGCUUACGGUAUUGAUGCGGGAUCUUGAUGAGUGUGGAUCUGCUGAUAACGGUAAUAAUACGAGGGUUGGGGGAGGGCCAAGAACGACGCAGUUAUGUUCCCGACGUUGUCCAUCAAAGCGAUCGGACCUCCUCACUUUGAGUUCCAGAGAACAGCUCCAGCGUCCCGGAAAGGACUGGACCCAGUGCUCUCAGAGUAGAAGCCCUGAGCACCUACUUUCUUACAGUAGCUGCUCGAUGAGCAAGGUUUCUCCAGCACUCAUGCAAAGCACAUCGCGCCGCAGGGCGGCGUUGAUAAGCAUGCUAUUGCAGGAUCUGACUAGAUACGCAAAAAUGCCACUGGAUCCACAUAUGCAAUGAUCCUGCAGUGCGUG